CCCAAUCCUGUAGAGUAACUUGUGCUGCAGAGCCGACCCUCCACAAAGCACUGAGCAUUCUUAGGAGCGAUGGAGGAAAUCUAUAUAAAUGUUGAAUAUGACAAAUCUGUUGACUCAACACCAUCACAAAAUCAGACAGGUCUGAGGAGCUCAGAGAGGAGAUUUCAUGGAGCUGUUGUUCUCUGUCUGGGGCUGCUAAGUGUCUUCCUGCUGGCUAGGCUCAUCGGCCUCGCUGUCCUCUACCAUCACUCAGCCGCAGAUUUCUCCACUAUCAAUACCAACCUGACGGAGCGUCUCCAGGCCAGUAAUAACAAGCUUUCCUCCAUGUCUGAAGAGAGAGAGCUGCUGAAUGCCAGCCUCAUUGAAACGACUAAAGAGCUGAACAGGCUUCAGAGUUUGGCCAGACAGAAUAAAUCGUGUCCUGCUGGAUGGAGGAUGUUCUUGUGUUCCUUUUAUCUGCUCUCCAAUAAGUCUGGUUUGUGGACAAAAGGCAGACAGGACUGCAGAAACAGAGGAGCAGAUCUGGUUGUCAUAGACAGUGCUGAAGAACAGACAUUCCUCUCUGACUUCAUCUGCUUAGAAACUUGGAUUGGUUUGACUGACGUGGUGGAGGGGAGCUGGAAAUGGAUUGAUGGAACUAAACUGACUCUAAGGUAUUGGGAGGCAGCGCAGCCUGAUAAUGGUGGUGGAGAUCCAAAGUGGGGUGAGGAGGACUGUGCCCAAAUCAAACCUGGCAAGAAAACUCAAGAAAACUGGAACGAUCGGUCAUGUUCUACUUUUCUGCGAUGGAUCUGUGAGAAAGAGGCUUAGAAUUGGUGUAAAAGCAUAUGUACAUGCUUUUACAAACUAAGCUAUGAUUUUACAAAAAGCCUUUGGGAUUGAGUGUCCUUUUAUGUUUGUGUGUGUAAAAGAGAGAGUAGUGUAUUAUUACAGUUCAUUCUCAUCAGAGUUCAUCAUCCUUGAAGAACAUAUUUCUAUGUAAACUUCUCUGCAGCAGGCUGAGGAUCCUCUUGUUCAUGUUCAAGUUCAAGACUCAAAGUUUCUGCCAGGCAUCCAAAAGUGCAUUAUUUACAGUAUCAAUAUGAUCUCCUGCUCUUCUUAGUUGGUGCUUAUGAUCUUUAAUGACGAUGACAGACUUUGAAGUUUGCUUCUGCUCUGCACUUUAAAAGAUAUUUCUGUAAGAUGAUCUUAUGGUAGAAGAAAUUCAUAAACGUAUUGUUACAUUUAAGUGUCCAACAGGUCAAGUUUGGAAGAACUUACAUUUCUUUCUUAUGUAACCUCACCAACUUGCUGAUGUUCCAAAAAUUUAAUUAUUGCUUCAUCUAAAGAUUUCAGGAUAGGAUGAGACUAUUUCUUAUGGCAUCAGUCUGGUUUAAAAGCUUAGUUUGAAAGCUAUACAAUGAUAGCAUAUUAAAAUAAAUCACACAGCAGAUACAGUAGGCUACAUCAUGUUCAGUGUUGGGGGUAACGCGUUACUGUCAUGCUGUGUGCCUGCAUGCCUUGUGUAGUUCUCAGUUUUGUUAUUUCAGUCUUUUCUCUAUCUGUUAUGUAGUCUGUUAUAGUUUAUCUGGUUAUUAUCCGUCAGCUGAUGUCUGUUGCCCCAGUUAUCUCUCUGACUGCCUGUGUCUCCUCAGCCUCAUGUCCGUCACCUGUGUGUCUCCUCCCAGCUCGUUAGUCUGUGUGUAUAUAUACCUGGUGUUUCUGUUUAGUCUUUGUUGGGUCAUUGCAGUGUGUUGUCCUGUUUAGCCUGCUGUUGUGCUUGUCUUUUCACCCUGUUUCUUUGGAUUUCUGUUUGGAUUACCUUGUUUUUGGACUCUGUUAAUCAGCCACUCUGCCAAACCAACUUGUCAUUCAGGAUGGAGGAUGGAUUGAAGAAGCAAAAUUCCUCUGCACAAGUGUGUAACAUUUCAUACAAUUCUACCAACAGUCUGCACUGCAGAGCGGACCCUUUAGGAAACAGUUGGCCACCUUAUGAGCGAUGGACGAAAUCUACGCCAAUGUUGAACAUGACAAACCUGUUGCCCCAAGACCUUCACCAAAUCGGAAAGGUCCCAGUAGCUCAGAGAGAAGAUUUCAUGGAGCUGUUGUUCUCUGUCUGGGGCUGCUGAAUGUUUUCCAGCUGGCUGGGCUCAUCGGCCUCGCUGUCCACUCUGCAGAUCUCUCAGCCAUCAAAGCCAACCUGACUGAGCGUCUCCAGGCCAGCGUCAACAUGUCAUCUAGUCUGACUCAAGAGAGAGAUCUGCUGAACAUCAGCCUUGUUGAAAUGACUAGAGACUUGAACAAGCUUCAGAUUUCAUCGUUUCUUACAGAAUCAUGUCCUGUUGGAUGGAGGAUGUUCAGUUGCGCCUGUUAUUUCUUCUCUAAUGAGUCUGGUUCCUGGGAAAAGGGUAGAGAGGACUGUAAAACCAGAGGAGCAUAUCUGGUGGUCAUAAACAGCUCUGAAGAACAGAAGUUCCUCUCUAACUUCACCAAGGAAGAAAUUAUGGCUUGGAUUGGUUUGACUGAUCGUAUCAAGGAGGGGACCUGGAUGUGGAUUAAUGGAGCUCCUCUGUCUCUACAACCUUUUCGGUAUUGGCGGAGUGGGCAACCUGAUAACAAUGGAGGACAUCCUUCUCUUGGGGAAGAGGACUGUGCCCACAUCAUAUAUGGAGGGGAGGGAAACAACUAGAAUGAUUUGUCAUGUGAAACCGAUAUGAGAUGGAUCUGUGAGAAAAUGGUUUAGCAUUGGUGCAUUAUUGUGUGUUUGCUGCUUCUACUGCUUCUAUAUUAUAUUUAAACAUAAUUCCUUUGCACAAGUGUGUAAGGUUUCAUACAAUUUUACUCACAGGGGGCACUACAGUAACAUUAAUGAUAUUUCUACAAUUCUGUAGAAUUUGGUGCACAAGUUCACCAUAAGCAUGUGCACUACAAAGAAGCUGGACAUCUUGUGGCCAGUUAAAAAAUACUUUGUGUUUUGGUGAAUAACUCCUGAACUGUGAGGCAGAGACAAAGCAUUCAAAUGUGGUGUUAAUAGCGUCACCAUGUGGUUGGUUGGUAAAACAUUUGACCUUCAUUUCAGAGUAUCAUUAAAAUACUUUGAGAUUCUCAAAGGUGUACCUGUGUCCCUUGUACUUAGUGUGAAAAUGCACAACUGUAUAUGUUUUGACAAAUUACAGAACUUUGAUUAAUGUACACAUCAAUCACCAGAAGCAGCUGCAGAAGAUGAAGCAACCACAUGCAUUUUCUUCUAGGAAUGAAAAUAUUCUAGUUAGGAGAUUCAAAGUUUGUAAAUUGUUUUUAUUGUAAAGUAGAAAUAAUGAAAGACAUUUGGAAUGACAUUUACCUACAAAUUAUGGCUCAGAGGAUAAUAAAGACAAUGAUUUAUAAA